AUGGGUCGCUCGAUUUUGCUGCCGGUCUUGGCGGCGCUGCUGCUGAUAGGCGCCCGAGCCCAAGAUUGCACCCCCCUGGAGGACGCGGCUUCGGGCGCCGGCCUCACCACCCUCCUGGCGGCCCUUGAGGCCACGGGCCUGCUGGGAACGGUGGCGGAGGCCAACAACGUGACCAUACUCGCGCCGAGCGACGCCGCAUUCGACGCCGCGGUCGCAGCGCUGGGCAUCACCAUCGACGACCUCACCAAUAACGAUGAGCUGCUGACGGAGGUGCUGCUCUACCACGUCCUCACUUCGCAGUUGUUUGCCUCGGAACUCGCUGACGGAGAGAGCUACCCGACGCUGCUGGGCAACGACAGCAGCUGCGGCGUGUCGACGGUGGGCGCCUCGGUCGACGGGGGAGAGGUGACCGUGGUGGGGGGCGUGACGAACGCCAGCGUCGUCGAUACGGACUUCGAGACCUGCCCGGGCAUCCUGCACGUCGUCGACUUCGUCCUGCUGCCGUGCCCACUGGGAAGAGAGCCGGGAGACGAACCGCCGAUAGCGGUGUGCCCUGGUCUGGCCGAAGCUGCGGAGGAAGCGGGCCUUACCACUUUCCUUGCUGCCCUUGCCGAAGCGGGUUUGACGGAUUUUCUUUCGGGCCUAAACAGCUCGACCGUCUUUUGCCCCACGAACGCGGCUUUCGAAGCCGCCGUCGCAUCGUUGGGUAUCACCAUCGACGACCUGCUGAGUAACCAAGAGCUCCUGGAGGAAGUGCUGCUGUACCACGUCCUCGAAACCACGGUUUUGUCGGGUGACAUUGUCUACGGCGUUGACACUGAGACGCUUCUGGGCGCCAACGACAGCUCGUGCGGAGUGUCGACGUUGGCGUUCGAGAUAUCAGACGACGGUGGGGUGGCCGUCAGUGGUGGCGCCUCGGCGGCAACCGUGCUGACCCCGGACGUUGAGAUCUGCUCGGGCGUGUUGCACGUCAUCGAUGACGUCCUUCUUCCAUGCCCAUCGGCACCUCCGCCAACGGCGGGCCCAUCUCCUGCUCCAACGCCAUCUGCAACUCCGCCUCCUCCGCAGUGCCCGAGUCUGACUGAGGCUGCGGAUGAAGCGGGUCUCACCACUCUCCUUGCCGCCAUCGAUGCAGCGGGUCUGACGGACGCGCUUUCAACCGCCCCCAGUUACACCAUCUUCGCUCCCACCAACGAGGCGUUUGAAGCCGCCGUCGCAUCUCUGGGCAUCACCAUCGACGACCUGACGAACAACAUUUGA